AUGUCGAAGUUACUGCAACACGUCUUCAAUAUCGCUGGAACAACCGCUGGUCAUAUCACACUCAACCCUCUAGUCACGGCUGCUCUGCUCUGGGUGUUGACGAAAGGACCUACACAACUUCGCAGCCAACUUACAACUCGGAUCCGCGCACUUCGGGACCCGUUUCGCUAUGCACAGCUCGUGAAGGCUCUGAAAUGGUGCCUGAUAGCUGGAACAGCAAGAGUCGUCAACAAGCAGCUCAAUCAUGUUGCCCUGAACGCAGGCAGAUUGCGAAGUGAAAAGGCGAGAUGGAAUUGGAGCCGCGAGGUCGCAGUCAUCACAGGAGGCUGCAGUGGUAUCGGAGAGCUGGUAGUGAAGAGGUUGAUCAACAAGGGAAUCAGAGUGGCAGUGCUAGACAUUCAGCAAUUGCCUCCAAGUUUGCAAGGAUACGCUGGCCUCAAGUUCUUCAAAUGUGACAUAACCGACUCCUCUGAAGUCUACUCAGUCGCCGAGAAAGUUAAAGAAACGAUGGGGGCACCUACAAUCCUCAUCAAUAAUGCAGGGCUUCUGGCAUCCCACACCAUCCUUACUACGUCCGACGCGUACCUCCGAAAGAUCUUCGAUGUAAACGUCCUCAGUAACUGGUACACCACCAAAGCUUUCCUGCCAGACAUGCUCCGACACAACAAGGGCCAUAUCGUGACGAUCGCAAGCACGGCAAGCUUCAUUGGUGUCGCUGGCCUGGCAGAUUAUACAGCGACGAAGGCGGCUAUUCUAAGCUUCCACGAAGCGCUCACCCAGGAACUCAAGCACCACUACAACAGCCCGAACGUGCUCACUACUUCCAUACACCCUAAUUGGGUCCGUACACCUUUGAUAGAACCUGUGGAGCAGGAACUCAAGAGGCGAGGUUCUCCCAUUCUUGAGCCGACUGCUGUUGCCGAUGCAAUUGUAGGACAAAUCAUGAGCUGCAGCGGUGGCCAGAUCAUCUUACCAAGCGCUGCGGGCAAGGUCAGCAUGUUGAGGGGAUUGCCGAAUUGGGUACAGGAGAGUCUCAGAAGCGGCGUGAGCAAGACUAUCUACAGUACCCCGCUGAAGAAAACGACGGAAAACAUGGCAGAACUACAAGAAGAUGUUCAGAUGGAUACCCAAGACAUUGAGCUGGAGACACCGCCUUCAGAUGUCUUCAUGGCACCCUCAAUAUCCAAAUCAGGCAUUCUUGGCGGGAAGUCAUAUUCGCACUUCUCGCCCAUACCCAAACAGAUUGCAGACGACAUGUCUGGAGAAGUCGUGCUAGGUGUCGAUGAGGCUGGACGAGGUCCUGUCUUAGGCCCGAUGGUGUACGCCCUCUUUUACUUACCGAUUGAACUCCACCAUUCCCUUCUCGCCGAAACGCACCACUUUGACGAUUCAAAAGUCCUUACUCCCGAAGUCCGCUCGAAUCUGAUGCGCAAAUUGUGCACCCAAGGCUCAGAUCUCUACGAAGCUGGCGGAUGGGCAACACGUGUAAUGUCUGCGCAAGAUAUCUCAGCGCACAUGCUGUCCCCAAAUGUGUACAAUCUCAAUGCGCAAGCCAUGGAUGCGACAAUCGACCUGAUCAAGGGGGUGCUGGCACAAGGCGUCAAUGUCAAGGAGAUCUACAUCGACACAAUUGGCAGACCAGAAAUCUAUCAGAAGAAGCUAGAGAGGAUUUGGCCUACGAUACGGAUCACAGUCGCGAAGAAGGCCGACAGCCUAUACCCCGUGGUCAGUGCAGCAUCGGUAUGCGCCAAAGUCACCCGAGACGCAGCCCUAGAUGUCUGUUACGAACCCUAUCAGAAGCGCAACACAGCGGCGAACGAAGAUGCCGAAGUCAAGGUGGCUUGGGGCUCUGGGUACCCAUCGGACGCGCGGACAACCACCUGGCUGAAGCAGAAUAUGGAUCCUUUCUUUGGUUGGGGUAGCGAGACGCGCUUUUCGUGGGGAACCGCGAAAGAGCUGCUGGAAGGGAAGAAAGCAGAUGUCGCUAUCGACUGGCCUGCCGAAGAUGACGGCAACGACAUGCGCAUGACGGACUUCUUCAGCGGCAAGAAUGAAGGCGGCGGAGACGAAUUGGUCGACUGGUUCGGGAAGCGUGUUACGCAGGAGAUGGACGUAUUUUGA